AUGGCCCCCGUAGUCAAGAAGGGAAGCCAUUUCUUAGUUGCAAUAUUGAUAUGUUUGGCGGCAAAUGGCAGUGCAGUAGGCGCAGCCAGGAAGCUUGUUGCCUUUCAGCCAGGAGCAGCAGCAGCUCGUGGGUUCAACCUCAAGCAGAUGGCAAUGGCGAGGCUCCAGCAGCAGCAGGGGGAGGAGGAGGAGGAAGCACUAGGCGGUUUAAUGGACUGUUGGAAUGCGCUGAGUGAGAUAAAAGCAUGCUCAAACGAAAUACUUAUCUUCUUCAUAAAUGGCACAAGCGACAUAGGACCCGCUUGCUGCCAGGCCAUCGGCAUCAUCACCCACCAUUGUUGGCCGGCCAUGCUCUCUGCCCUUGGCUUCACUCCUGAGGAAGCCAACGUCCUGCGUGGCUACUGUGACGCUUCCACCGCCGGCCCUGCUCCUAGCCCCUCUGAUCUGCCGCCUCCGCCUCCGCCUCCGUCUCCACUAGCACCCACGGUGGUGGUGGUGGUUUAG